AUGGCGCCCAAGGUCCGCUCCGGCAACCCUGAAGUCUCUCUCGGCACCAACGUCGAUGACGGCAAGAUCACUUUCGGUGUUGCUCACAUCUACGCCUCCUUCAACGAUACCUUUGUCCAUGUGACUGAUCUCACCGGCAAGGAGACUGUCGUCCGCGUUACCGGCGGUAUGAAGGUCAAGGCUGACCGCGACGAGUCCUCGCCCUACGCUGCCAUGCUUGCUGCCCAGGACUGCGCCGCGCGCUGCAAGGAGGUCGGCAUCACUGCCGUCCACGUCCGCAUCCGCGGCACUGGUGGUGUGAGCUCCAAGGCCCCCGGCCCUGGUGCCCAGAGCGCCCUCCGUGCCCUUGCCCGUGCCGGUAUGCGCAUCGGCCGCAUCGAGGACGUGACCCCGGUCCCCUCGGACUCGACCCGCCGGAAGGGUGGUCGCCGUGGUCGCCGUCUGUGA